AUGCCUGCUAUUACUGAGAAGAACCUUUUCACUAGUGAGUCGUUGCGUACGACGGAAUUACUUGGCCACGUUAAUGCAAUCAAUUCUGUGUCGACGUGGUCUUCGUCUGAUCACUCUCGUCAGGCGGUUGGUGAGGCGUUUAAACGGAUGAUUACUGAGCUUGAGCAAACAUCCCAUGCCCAAGGAGAGCCUCUUGAUGCUGAUGCUUUUUUUGUAGCAGACCUGCAUACUGUUUAUCGCCAACUUAUCCGCUGGCACACAAAGCUUCCCAGAGUUCAACCAUUCUACGCUGUGAAGUGUAAUCCCGAUCCCCAUGUGUUAGCGUUGUUGAAUAAGUUUGGUACUGGCUUUGACUGCGCUUCCAAGGGGGAGAUCGAGCAAGUAUUGAACAUGGGCGUUCCUUCGGAAAAAAUUGUUUAUGCUAAUCCUUGCAAAGCUAUCACUUAUAUACGUUACUCAGCUGCAAAGGGAAUUGAUUUGAUGACUUUUGACAAUGCCGAUGAACUUUACAAGGUCAAACAACAUCAUCCCAAUGCUCGUUUAUUACUUCGCAUUUCCACUGACGACUCUGGUAGUCUUUGCCGUUUAAGUUUGAAAUUUGGUGCUUCUCUAGAAGACACUGGUUCUUUACUUGAUUUGGCCAAGUCAUUGGAUUUGAACGUUGUAGGUGUCAGCUUUCACGUUGGCUCCGGUAGCUAUGACCCAUCGGCCUUCUUGGAUGCUAUUCGUCGAUCUCGGUUUGUCUUUGAUCAAGGUCUCGAUCGAGGCUUUAAGUUUGAUCUCCUCGAUAUUGGCGGUGGUUUUUCCAGUGAUACAUUUGACUCAGUUGCCGACUUAGUGCGUCCCGCUUUAGAUACCUACUUUGACUCAUCCGUUCGAAUCAUCUCUGAACCCGGCCGGUUUUUUGUUGCUGGUGCUUUUACCUUGGCCGUGAACGUAAUUGCGAAGCGUAAGCUCGCGGAUGAGGAAAAGGUUAUGUAUUAUGUUAAUGACGGCGUUUAUGGAAGUCUAAAUUGCAUCUUGUUUGAUCACCAGCAUCCCGUUGCCAGAGUAUUGAAGAAAGGAAGUCAAUAUCUUUACAACACGCAUUUGAGCACCGGUAACCACCAUUGCUCUAUAUGGGGACCUACCUGCGAUUCAUUGGAUGCUAUUGCUUCCGAUGCACGCUUACCCUAUGAGCUGAAUGUUGGUGAUUGGAUUUAUUUCGACGAUGCUGGUGCUUAUACCGUGGCUGCUGCCAGUUGUUUUAACGGUUUUAAGACUAGCCGUAUUGUAUAUCUUGAAACUGAUAUCCUCGAUUAA